AUGUUUAAACGAUCAAUUUUUGGUGCUACCAAUAAAUUAAUUCGUGGGCCAAUUCGUGGAAGAGUCACACCUGCUUCCUUAUUGACAAAUUUCAGACCACAACAGUCUUUAAUUGGUGCUGGUAUCCGUUUUAAGUCUACUGCUGUUGACUCAACUACUCAAUCUGGCUCUGAGAUUCAAACUACCUUACCUUCAUUCGAUGAGUUAAAUGAUAUUGUAUCUUCAGCUGGUGUCACCGACCAAAUGGCUAACACGGUCUCUGAUGCAUGCAAUGAAAUUGGGUAUUUGAACAGUAUUGGUAUGGCUCAGACAUGGUGGUGGCCGGCCGAUUUAGUCCAACAUAUGUUAGAAUACGUUCACGUUUAUACAGGACUACCAUGGUGGGGGACAAUUUGCACAGUUACAAUUUUGGUCAGAUUAUUGAUGUUUCCUCUCUACGUCAAGUCUUCUGAUACUAUGGCUCGUAAUUCUCAGAUAAAGCCAGAAUUAGACAAGAUAAAUCAAGAACUAAUGAGCACUACUGAAUUAGCAGAUGGUCAACGUGUUGCAUUGAAGAGAAAACAAUUAUUGGCUAAGCACGGCAUCAAAAAUAGAUGGUUGGUAGCUCCAAUGUUGCAAAUGCCUUUGGCAUUAGGUUUUUUCGGGGGUAUUAGACACAUGGCUAAUUAUCCUGUUUCUGGUUUUACUGAUCAAGGUAUAUUGUGGUUUACAGAUCUUUCACAAGCUGAUCCUUACAUUGGUCUACAAGUUAUUACUUCCAUGAUUUUGAUUUCUUUCACUAGAAUGGGUGGUGAAACAGGUGCUCAACAAUUUAGCCCAAAUAUGAAAAAAUUCUUUACAAUUUUACCACUGCUUUCAAUCCCUGCUACAAUGAACUUAUCUUCUGGUGUUGUUCUAUACUUUGCUGUUAAUAGUGCUUUCUCUAUUUUACAAACAUCAGUCUUAAGAAAUAAAACUUUGAGAAAAAAAUUAAACAUCGCUGAUAUUGUAGUUCAUGACCCAUCUACCACGGGCCCUAAAAAAGGUAUCAUGGAGACAUUCAGAGAUAACAUGGCUAAAUCAAAGGCACAAGCUGAAAGAAGACAGAAGAUGCAACUAGCUGAAAAGGAAAAGCAAGAAUUAGCUAAACAAAAUAAAGCAAAUUCUAAAAUAAAAAUUGUUCAUAGAUCUCAAUUUAAAAAAAAUAAUACUUUCUUUUACUUGAAUGAUAUCAAUCAAUUUCUUGUAUAUAAAUAA